UCGGGGAGACCGCCAUUGGCAGUGGAGCACGCAUCCUGACGUGAUCUCUCGGUUCACCCUGAAACACUUUUCUUUCCUUUUGUGAUUACAAUGUCUCGCUAUCUAAGGCCCCCAAAUACGUCUCUCUUUGUUCGAAACGUGGCGGACGAUAUCAGGUCUGAAGACUUGCGUCGAGAGUUUGGUCGGUAUGGUCCUAUUGUUGACGUUUAUGUUCCACUUGAUUUUUAUACUCGUCUCCCCAGAGGAUUUGCCUAUGUUCAAUUUGAAGAUGUUCGUGAUGCAGAGGAUGCUUUGCAUAACUUGGACAAGAAGUGGAUAUGUGGUCGUCAUAUUGAGAUUCAGUUUGCUCAAGGAGAUCGUAAAACUCCACAUCAAAUGAAAACAAAAGAUUCUAAAGACUAUGGAUCCUCCCGCUAUGAUGAUGAUCGCUACAGCAGGAGGUCUAGAAGCCGCAGUUAUGAAAGGAGGAGGUCCAGAAGCCGUUCCUAUGAUCAAAACCAUCGUAGAUCUUCUAGUCCUAAGGGUCGUGCAGCUGAAAGGCACCGUAGAAGCAGAAGCCGUUCAGACCAUGGCAGGUUUCGUAGAAAGAAUCAUUCACCAUCCAGAUCAAAUUCCAGAUCACGUUCUAAAUCUCUGCCAAAGAAAGAAGUAAAGCAACAUCGUUCUGGAUCCAGAUCCAGAGGAGCUUCCAAAUCAGAAGGCAAAUCUCAACACAAAAGUGCUAAGUAUAGCAGAAAAUCAAAGAGAGAAGACAAAGAACAUUCUAAGUCUGUUUCACGCUCAGAAUCUCGUUCAAAGUCAAGGUCACAGUCUUGGAAUAGCCGUAAAUCUAGUCAUUAACAUAGCAUCUGCAUCUUUUUUUUUUUAUUAUUGAUGUGAAAGUCUUUUGAUCAGUUAAGUGCAAGUGUGCCACCAUUUUUCUACUGAUCAAAGAAUACCCAUGUUAAGGAAGAAUAAUAGUCCUUUUGGCACUGAGGGCAGCUAAAAUGGUGUUUGUAGCACAGAUCUGCACAAGGUAAACUUAAAGCAUCUUUAAUUUUUAUAGUGUUAAAUGACUAGACAUUUUCAAAGUGUUAAACUAGUAGUGUAGCAACACUUUCUGCCCAAAGCUUUGUUAUGGUCAUUUUUGACUCAAUACAUUUUUUUUAAAUUUUGUUUUAGAGGAGUAUUUUGAAGCCUCCUUCUUAUAAACGGCUAAAAUCGGCAUAUGGCAGUUUUAUAUAAUGAAGACUACCCCUUUCUUGUUGGUAUAAUUUAUCUGUUCCAAGAUUGUCCGUCUGGUUUUAUCUUUUGAAGGCUUUUGUUGUUGUUGGUUGUUUGGUUUUUUGGUUUUUGUUUUUUAAAGAUAUCCAUUUGUGAGAAAAUGUAAGUAAUCUGAGCCUCUGACUCACUUGUGAUCACUCAGAUAUCCUUAAAAUCUGAUCUCACACCAGCCUUCAGGGAUAAUUGUUUAACAAGCUUCAUCUACCCCUUAAAGAUACUGCAUUUAUUUAUAGCAAGGUCAUGAAUGGUGGUUAUGAACCUCAUCAGCAUUUUUAUUUUCUGUUCUGCAACUGUGUGAGCAAGCAAAUAAGCUCAAAGUACUGUUAAUCUUGUAGCUAUAUUUAGACACUUUAGAUGAAGCAAGUUUAAUUGUUUUAAGACAUCUUGAAAGGGUUUUUGCUUUUUUUUUUUUUUUUAUGAACCUUUUAGGAUUCUCUUUUUAAUAAUUGACUGCAACGUUUAAAAAAACAAAAAAAAAAAAACUAUUGUCCAUAUUUGUAAUAUGAACAAACUAGAAAUGUGUUUUUGUUUUUUCCUAAAUGCAUUUGUACGUCAAGUCCCUACAUAUUACAAAUAUGAAGUUCUUAUUUUUGUAAUCAUUUCUCCCUGUCAGCUAUGCAAUCAUUUGUAUGCAUGCUCUAGAUUUGGUUUGAGGAAAUAUUAAUUUGUAUUACUGGCAGUAAAUUUGCAGAAAGUUGUGAGUUGAAACUUGUAUUUUCUUUAUUAUAGAAGCUUGUAAAGAUAGUAUUUUUAUAUGUUAUUUUUAACCAGUGGUGUACUACCUUUUUGAAACAUCAAAUGGUUAAUGGAUAUCUGUAUUUUCUGCUUGCUGUACAUUUUGGCAAAUGCUAUAAUAAAAAAAGUUAAUUUUA